AUGCCCACCUCUCACAAGAAGCUUGCUGCUGCCCGUGCAAGAGCAGCACAAUGGCAAACUCAGUCUCUGACAUCUGAACAUAGCAAUUCCACUCCCACCACCGAAAAACCAUCUCCACUACUCCCAACACAUGCUGUGGAGGCACCUGAAAGCUUCGACAUUGAAUUCUGUCCAAUAGAGCUGGGCCUCGAAUGUCUUUCUGACUGUGGUUAUAUGGGUGGUGUCAGCUGUUGGUCAGAUGAUGAUAUUAUUGAGUACCAACCAGACACAUUUUCGAAAAGUACUCUGUCAGACUGCGAAAGCCUCUGUGAGCUCGAGGGAGAUGAUUUGGAGUACAAUUUAAGGCAACUCACAGCAAACACCAAUUCAAAAGCCCUCGAGUUGACAGCAGAUGAGGCUGACACAUUGUUCAAGAUCAUUUUGAGGCCGACGACAAAUGUGAUUUGGAGGAAGGCGGAACAUAAUAGAUUGCUGGGAUACAAUGGACUGUCAGAUCAUUCUCGGUGUUGGAGGGAUAAGCUGGCCCAAGACCAAGCUGAACACCGAAAAAAGAUGAAGACUUCAUAUGUGUCAAUUCAAAUAGCUUGCGACUUGAAAAUGUGUUCUGAUACAUACCUGAGCAGAGACAAUCCACAGGUUGCAUUUAUGCAGCAGUGGUGUGUACCCAAAGACUCGAACCAUACACCCAAAGACUCAAACACUACGUCCGAUGUUGAACGAAAUACACAUACACACAGUGCACUGGCAGUUGAUUUUUCUGGUUACCUUUCCGACGAGUCCGAGGAUAAUUUUGACUCAGAUACCGACAGUGAACACAAGGAUGAAUACAGAGUUACAGGAAGUAGUCGAGAUGUAAGCAGCCACUUGCCUGCUGUUCCACUGCUCAAGCGGCGCAAGCUCGAGAUCCCUUUUUGCAUGGAGCGGAAAAAUGCGAAGGAAAGGCAUGCAGAUGAGAGGCGUGUGGCAUUGGAGGCAAUUGAAAAGCUGUUGAAGUCGAAGAAAACAAACUUUGUUGGUGGUCCAGAUGGUUUGCAAGCAAAACGAACACGUACCAUUCAAAGCCAUCUUGCUCUCAUUGUGAAGAGAGGCCACUCUUCAAUUGAAGCAUCUGAACGUGCUGCUGAAAGUCAUGGGUUCGCAACUGUCUGGGGCAGCCAUCAACUGUGCAGCUGGACCCAUAACUGGGUGACCAAACAGGAGCUCCCUCGUUCAUUGACUGGUCAUCAUGCCAAGGUGUAUUCAUUGCUUGAUGACCCAGCAUUAGCUGCUGAGCUUCGCACUUAUGUUCAUUCGAACAAGUGGGCAAUCAAUCCUGAAAAGCUGGCAGAGUUCUCAAAGAGCAAGUUGAUACCCUCAGAAGCAGAAAAAUACCUUCACACCAUUGUCAAUGACGGGAUGCCCCAUGGAUUGAAGCAUUACAUGGAACUGGAGUUGUUUCCUCAAAUUCACCUCAAAAUCGGACGUGGAAUUUCACUUGUCACCGGUCACCGAUGGUUGCAUCGAGAAGGUUUUCGAUACAUGUCCCAUCGAAAAGGCCUUUACUUUGAUGGGACGACCGGCCUGAUGUUGUCUCUUAUCGUCAAGAGCAUUUCUUGCCAAUGA